AUGAUUCACUGGUUCACCUCUUUUAUUUACAUUUCAGUGCCAUUAACCAUUUUUAUUCAUCGACGUGAUUUAAGUUCGUCGAAUCUCUACGUCGAAAAUGAUAAUCGGCUUGCUCCAUUAAAUAUUAACGCUAGUGACUGGUAUCUAAUAUCAUCAAUUAAUUCCGAUAUGUCUAUUAUAUCGCCUUCGUCGGGUUCAUCAUCAAAUUUUAUCAAUUUAUUUAAUUCAACAACAAAAACAACAUCAUCAACAAUUCGACCAAUGCCAUUUGUUAAAGCACUACCUGUUGCACUUGUUCUUUCAAGUGUUGUUAUUUUAUGUAUAUGCGGUAAUAUUCUCGUUAUUUUAUCUGUCUUCACAUUUCGACCACUGCGGACUGUACAAAACUUUUUUAUUGUUUCACUUGCUUUUUCCGAUAUGCUAGUUGCUAUUAUAGUGAUGCCAUUUCAUAUUGUUACACACAUGCUUAAUCGGUGGAUAUUCGGACAAAUAUUUUGUCAAAUUUUUGUCACGUCUGAUAUUCUUCUUUGUACAUCAUCAAUAUUAAAUCUUUGUGCUAUAGCACUCGAUCGUUAUUGGGCAAUAAGUGAUCCGAUACAUUAUGCACGGCAACGAACCAUACGACGUGUUCUCGCAAUGAUCAUCAUUGUUUGGCUAUUAUCAGCAGCUAUAUCUAUUCCACCUAUAAUAACAACUAUAUUGGGUUCGACUGAAUUAAGAAGCUACAAUGAGCUACAAUGUGAGCUAUCGAAUAAUAAAUUUUAUGUUAUUUAUUCAGCAUGCGGAUCAUUUUAUAUUCCCGCAAUAAUUAUGACUGUAGUUUAUAUACAAGUUUUUAUAAAAACAAAAAGUCGUUUUCACGAACGUGCUAAAGCUGCAGAAAAAUUAGCUAUUGUUACUCGUAGACAGAAAACCGUUAAAAGGAAUCAUACUUUAAAUGGUCAUGCUCGUCAUCCAAAACGACGAUUAUCAUCAACGACUCAUGCAGUAAAUUCAUCAAUAAAAUAUUCAGUAUCAAAUGGCAGUGGAUUAGAAAAUUUUAGUACAGACGAUGCUGAAGAAACGUUCUAUUCAAAAAAUGAGAGUGUCAAUCCAUUAUCGUAUAAUAAUAAUUACCAUAACAAUAUUAUAACUAAUAAUCAAUUAGAGAAGUGUCAUAGGCCUGAUAGAGCUGCAUCACAAGUUUCACUUACUAUGAGUAUCGAUGAGGGCAAAAUGCUUUCCACAACUCUCGAUGCGUUGCCAGCAAAUGUAGAAUUAUCAUUACCAUUAUAUAAUCAAAAUUCUAUUGGUGAAUCGAAAUCCGAUAUCGAUUAUUUAAAUCAACAACGAAAUGUAUCUAUUCAAACGACAGAAUUUUUACCUGAUUCAAGAUGUUUCUCAAUCAAACGUCUAUCAAAAGAUUAUGAACGUAAAAUAUUUUUUAAAGGUAAAACAUUAGCAUCAUUAAUGCAUGAAAGACAAAAAAUAUCUUUAACACGUGAACGUCGUUUAUCGCGUACACUCGGAAUCAUUAUAAGCGUAUUUCUUCUAUGUUGGCUACCAUUUUUUGUUAUGUAUAUCCUCGCAGCUUUUAUCGACACAGCCGAAUAUAUUAAAGAACCAUUACCAACAUUAAUUCUUUGGCUUGGUUAUGUGAAUAGCGCGGUUAAUCCUUUAAUUUAUACUAUAUUUAACGUCGAGUUUCGUACAGCAUUUAAACAUUUAUUAAUGCCUAGUUCGAUGAAAGCAUCCUCAAACCGAUGCUAUGUAAAAAAACAAAAUACAAAAUAA